AACGACCUCGCGUCAACUCUACGCUAAGCUAAGUUCAUCUCCCUUGCGCUUUGGGGCUGGGCUGCAAAUCCAGCAGACAGGCUCCGAUCGAGGAAGGGCUUGAAGUCAUUAAUAGCAACCUCCUGCAAUCAAUCUCGCCAUUAUCUGCAGCCUCCUGCCCAUCGAUCUUGCCAAUCGGGCCGUCUUCUAAUCCUUCAACUCUAAGUUAAUUUCGACUUGGUCACUUUCCUUUCGCUUUUUGCUGCCAUAUCUGAUUUUUCUCUGAACAAACCACAGUUUGUGUACGGAAAAUUUGGAACUUGAACGAAUGGUUCAUCCCCCCUUUCGCGUUUGGGGCUGGGCUGUAGAAGUGUAUAUGCUGGGUGAGAGUUGACGCGGAAGGGAACACCGGCAGACCUGCUCGGAACAAGAACAAGGGAUCGAAGUCAUCAUCAGCCUCCCUGCUAAUCGAUCUCACCGGACUAUAGAAGAGCACCAUGAGCUUUUCAAAGGCCAUUGGGUUCAUUAGCGGCAUCAACGAGUGUAUUAAUCUGUUUCAAUGGGUCAAAUCUGGCAUUUCGUCUCUGCCCUUUCUGCGGAGUAGCACACAGAAGCAAAAGCUUCAAGAAGAAGUAUUGCACUUGGAAUGUGGCCUUCAACACCUCAGGGAAACUCUUCCUGCAAUGUACGACCUUACUGACCGAGCAGAGUGGAGGAGCCAUGAAACCUGUGUGGAGGAUCUUCUUCCUUCUCUCAAGGAUGCAGUGUAUGAUGCUGAGGACCUUCUUGAUGAGUUUAGAUGGUAUGAGCUGAAGAUGAAAGUGGAGGCUAGUGCGAGUCAAGCUCUUUCUGUUGACUUCUUAAACAAUGUUGUUCAGGGAAGCUUCAACAAAGUGGAUACAAUUCAGAAAAGGCUAGAUAAUCUUUCUAUUCAAUUAGAAAAGAUGGGCUUGCGUGAAGUCGCACAGCAAUUUGACAAAUCUGUUAGGCCAGAGACCAGUUCUUUUCCCACCGAAAAAAAGCUAUUUGGUCGUGACAAAGAACUGAAGGAAAUGAUUGCAUUGCUUGGUGUACCAAUGAAUACUAGCAGGCCUUGUUCCAAGCGAAAGAGGAGUAGUAAUUCAGCCACGAUGAUCGCUAGUGUUUCUGUUUUGCCAAUCGUUGGACUUGGGGGCAUUGGAAAGACUACUUUGGUCCAACAUAUCGUACAGCAUCCGCAAGUGAAGUCUCACUUCGACAAGAUCAUUUGGAUUUGUGUCUCAGAUGACUUUGACGUGAAGAGGUUAACUAAAGAGGCUGUACAAUCUUUAUCUGACAAAGGGACAACCACUGGUACUUUGGAUUCACUUCAGCGGGCUCUUGUUAAAGAAGUGGACGAGAAAAGGUUCUUGUUCAUCCUAGAUGACAUGUGGGAUGAUGCCUUGAAGGAAAAUGGACAAUGUUGGCAGAGGUUUUGUGCACCUCUCACAAAUGUAGUUCAGGGAAGUAUGAUAUUGGUGACCACCAGGUCUUCUGAUGUUGCAAAAACAGUGGGCACAAUGGAGCCCUUUCCAUUGGAGGGUCUUAACGAUGAUGACUUCUGGAAUUUCUUCAAACUCUGUGUGUUUGGGUCUGAGGCUUCUCAAAUUGAUCCAGAGUUCGAGAAUAUUGGUAGAAGCAUACUUCCCAAGUUGAAGUGCUCGCCUUUAGCGGCCAAAACUCUUGGACGCCUGUUAGGAAUGAGCCUCGAAACUACACAUUGGAAAAAUAUAUUAAACAGUGAACUGUGGGAGCAUGACAAAGACUUUAAGGAGACCGACAUUUUGCCUGCUCUUCGCUUGAGCUACAUAUAUUUACCAUACCACCUGAAGAGAUGUUUCUCAUUCUGUGCUGUGUACCCCAAAGAUUACAAAUUUGAAAAGGAUAGGUUAGCUGAAUUCUGGGUAGCAGAAGGCUAUGUGGAACCUCAAGGGAAUAUUCCACUUCAAGAUAUUGCCUGUCAGUACUUCGAAGACCUUGUAAAUAGGUCCUUCUUUCAGAUUUACCGUUCUAAGUACGUGAUCCAUGACUUGAUGCAUGACAUGGCACAACUUGUUUCGAAGGACGAGUGCUUCAUCAUAAAGAACACAAGUGACAUCCAAAGAGUUCCUAAGAAUGUUCGCCAUUUGUCAAUACUGCCAAACAGUGAUCUGAAGCGUUCGGACUUAUCGAGCUUAGACAAGCAUACAAAGUUGCGCACCCUACUUUGCACAAAGUCUUUACGGAGUAUGGCUUCUGUGGUGGACCGCUGGUUUAAUGAACUUAGGUGCAUGCGUGUCAUCUCUUUUGCCGCUGUGAAGGACUUACCAAAGAGUAUUAGCAACAUGAAGUAUCUUCGGUACCUUAACAUCUCCGAGACUUUCGAGAGCCUUCCUUCAGAGAUUUGUUGCCUCUACAAUUUACAGAUACUAUAUGUCAAGAAAAGCAAAUCUGACAAGUUUCAUGCAAGUCAAACUGAAGGGCAGAGAAAGCAACUUUGGGUUUGUGGUUAUCCAGGUGAAUCUCUUCCAACCUGGUUUAAUCCACAAAACUUGCCCAACUUAACAUCACUUUCACUUUCAUUUGCUAACAUGGGCAUUGAUAGCACUUUCUCAUCCUUGACUGACGUAGCAAUUGAACAGUGCAAAAACUUACCAAGCCUCGAACAAUUUCUACAGCCAGCUUAUAUACCCGCCAUAAAAAAUAUAAUAUUUGGAGGUUGCACAAGUGUAGAAUCGGUACCAACUGAAAGGUUUAAAGAUUUCCUUCUCCUUGAAGAACUGAAGGUGCGCAAUUGUCCAAAGAUCAACUCACACCACCUGUUGGCCCCGUCCCUAAAGAAGCUCGUGCUGGAAAAUUCUGGGAAUCUAGGAGACAGCAUUGAGUGUAGGUCCCUCACCAUCUUGAUUUUCUCAUGUCAGCAUGUGACAUCCAUCGAACUACAAAAGUGGAGUCUUCCAGCACUACAGAAGCUCGAGAUCAGUGACUGUGAAUCUCUGACAUUUAUUAGAGAAUCUGAACCGACAUCCACUGGCGGGGCGAUAAGCAGCACUGGAAAAUUCCCGUUACUCGCUCACCUAACCAUUGAAAACUGCUACAAGCUGGAAACUCUUGAUGACCAGCUCCUAUAUUUCCUUGAAGAAUUGAAGGUGUGCAAUUGUCCAAAGAUCAACUCACACCGUCUGUUGGCCCCGUACCUAAAGAAGCUCGAGCUGAAAAAUUCUGGGAAUCUAGGAGACAACAUUGAGUGUAGGUCCCUCACCAUCUUGAUUUUCUCAAGUCAGCAUCUGGCAUCCAUCGAACUACAAAAAUGGAGUUUUCCAGCACUGCAGAAGCUCGAGAUCAGUAGUUGUGAAUCUCUGACGUUUAUUAGAGAAUCUGAACCGACAUCCACUGGUGGGGCGAUAAGCAGCACUGGAAAAUUCCCGUUACUCACUCACCUAACCAUUGAAUACUGCGAGAAGCUGGAAACUCUUGAUGACCAGCUCCUAUAUUUCCCUGCCAUCGAGAGUAUUCGUAUUACCGCUUGUAACUUGCUGUCCCAGCUGCCCACUGAAAGAUUUGGUAGUUUUCCUUUUCUGAAGGAUUUGGAGAUUAUACGCUGUCCACGUCUCAACUGGCAAAGUGGAAUGGUGUUGCCAUCGUCCCUCCAAAAGCUCAGCUUAUGUAGUUGCGGGGAUAUCUCUGCCUGGUUUCCAAGGUGCCUGGAGAACCUCACCUCACUUGAAUUACUGGUGAUAGCUUUCUGUGAAGGCAUAGUGUCCAUUCCAGGCCAUCUGUGGAACGAUCUUGGGUCACUUCAGGAACUGUACAUUUCGUUUUGUCCAGACCUUAGAUCAAUUGGUGGACAAAGAGCAAUUGCAAACAUAAAGAAGAUCGAAUGUGGGGUGAGAUGGAGCAAAUAGCUGCAGGGCUUGACGACCCGGGGACGGACAAACCAUGUCGCUUUCCUUUGAUGACUGAAUCUCGUUCUUGUGUUCUUGUGGCUGUUUUAUUCCAUUCACUCUUAGCCUCCACUCAUGCUUCGAGAUGACCUGAAAAACAAUUCAUAGAUUGGGUUCUGUCACGUGUAAAGCGUUACAUAUAUCUGUUUGCGAUUCAUGUCUGCGAAAUAAGUGGGACAGAACAUAUCAUUGUACCCUCUGUUAAGCUUUUUGUAUACAAUGUGACAUAAACGAUUGUGUUACAAUUUUAAUAGCUUGAUUGUAACAGAAUGCUUUUACACGUUCCCUUGACAAGU